CUUCUCGCGGUGCUGACUCGGAGAAAAAGGUACAGACACGCGAACCUUCUCGCCUUCUUCUCUUGCCUUUGCUCUACUGUCUCUCAAAACUCCUCCUGCUCUUCCUCGGCUCUUUAUCCUUUACCGCAACCUCUACCGUCAUAACUGAAAGCAGUUCAAGCUUCCAUUGAUAGAACUAUUCGCCAUUAUCUGGAGUUUCGCCAAUAUAAGUUUAAAGUUUUCAAACAUACAACGUUUCACGCACACAAAUGUCGGAUCAGGAGGCCACCAUCGCUGAAAUGGAGAAGAUCCAGCUUGGCAUCAUUGGCAUGGGUGACAUGGGCAAGCUCUAUGCCCGGAAACUCUUCGCCGCAGGAUGGAAAAACGUGAAUGUGUGCGAUAUGCCGAACAAAUACGACCAAUUGCGUCAGGAAUUCGAAGGCACCGGCAUCAGGGUCAUGAAAGAUGGACACUUGGUAUCAAGGCAGUGUGACUGGAUCCUGUACUCUGUCCCUGCAGAGUUCAUCGACACUGUUGUGGCUACCUAUGGUCCUUCAACAAAGGUCGGUGCCAUUGUGGCCGGCCAGACAUCUGUCAAGGCGCCAGAGAUUGCGGCGUUCGAAAAGCACUUACCUGAGGACGUCUAUAUUAUCACCUGCCACUCUAUGCAUGGACCCGCAGUCUCAUCCCGUGGACAGCCGCUCGUGAUUAUCAACCAUCGCGGAUCUGAUGAGGCAUUGGCCUUGGUGGAGAGGAUUCUGGGUUGCUUUGAGAGCGAGAUCGCGCACUUGUCGUACAAGGAACACGAUAGGAUUACGGCUGAUACACAGGCGGUUACACACAUGGCAUUCCUGAGCAUGGGUACAACAUGGAAACAUCAGAAUAACUUCCCGUGGUUCGAUCCAACUUAUACGGGGGGUAUCGAGAAUGUCAAAGUGAACAUGACUAUGCGCAUUCUCUCCAACAAGUGGCACGUGUACGCGGGUUUGGCGAUCUUGAACCCAUCAGCCAAGGCACAAGUCCGACAGUACUCGUUAUCAGUGGCGGCGCUUUUCAAACUCAUGAUUCAGGAGAGAGAGGAGGAGUUUAUCACCAGGAUUCGAGCUGCUGGCGACUUUGUGUUUGGUAACCGAGGAGACAGGGAACAGAUUUUGCUGUCGGACAAUUUGCUGGACCAGUACUCUCUUGGUAGCGUACCCAAGGAAAAAAUUAAGCCGAACUCUCAUCUUUCAUUGUUGGCGAUGGUUGAUUGUUGGUACCAACUCAAAAUGAACCCCUAUUCGCACAUGGUCUGUCAAACGCCACUCUUCCGCUUCUGGCUUGGUAUUUCCGAGUACUUGUUCUUGAACGAAGAGUACCUUCAAGAUGCUAUUCAGGCUGCACUUUACGCCAAGGAGAUCCGUGAAGAUGAUAUGGAGUUCAUGAUGUCAGCUCGUGGUUGGCAAGAGUGCAUUGCCCUGGGCAAUAUGGACGGCUACAGAGCGCGAUUCGAAGACACGGCCCAGUUCUUUAAAGAUCGCUUUGGAGAGGCGGCAGUGAUCGGCAAGCAGAUGAUCGAUAUGAUCACCAGGAAAACUGUAACUACGGAGACCGCAAAGUCAUAAGGAGCAAUGGGAACAUGGAAUAAAGCCGAAGAGGAGAGAGAGGUGUGUUGAACGCGCACCUGGAUAUGCGCAUAAGCGCGGCUUGUGUUGAUUAUACAACACAGGGCCUCGCCCGCGUCUUUGUUUGUAAACGAUUAAUUACUGA